CCGAAGCUUUCCCACGAGUGUCAUCCACACCGUAGACUCGACUGAUCUCUCGACUCCCCAGCAGUCCGAACUUAUGGUAAUGCAGUUCACACAAUCGGAGAGCGGUCCAUUCAGGGAGAUUCCGGUGAUAGAUCUGGCCGAGAUAACGAAUGCGGAUCCCAUCGUUAGACAAGCAUUAGUGGACCAAGUGACGGGUGCCUGCAGAGAAGUGGGCUUCUUCUAUGUGAAGAAUCACGGCAUCCCGAACGAGGUGUUUGUUCGCACUCUCGCAGCUAUGCGCCAGUUCUUCGACCUGCCGCUCGAGGACAAACUUGAGGAACUGGAAUUUACCUGCUUGUUUCUUGCCUUCUCACCUUUCGCUCAGGUAGAGAAUUCGAAGACUCCCAAUUUCAAGGGAUACAGUCCGCUACUUUCCGGUAACAACGACCCCAAUGGUGCUGGCGACGUCCAGGAGGGAUUCGAAUUCGGGUUCGAGCCGAUGGAUGAUUCUUCCCUCUUCAAUGAUGCGGAGAGUCAAGGAAUCAUGAGCGGUGCUAAUAUAUGGCCUACCGGCCUGCCAGAAUUCCGCGCAGCAGCGUUGGACUACUACCAUCACGCACUUGCCCUGGGGCGCCAAUUGUUUCCUCUAUUUGCGUUGGCGCUCAACUUACCAGAGGAUUUCUUUGCUGAUAAAACGCGUAAAUCGGCCGCUCUUAUGAGACUUUUGCACUACCCACCGCAAUUCGGAGAGAUAGACAAUCGAACCAUUGGGAUUGGAGCCCAUACUGACUGGGAGUGCUUUACUAUAUUGUGGCAAGAACCGGGCAUACAAGCUCUCCAAGUCCUCAAUUCGUCGAAAGAAUGGAUCGAUGCACCACCCUUGGAAGGAACUCUGGUCAUCAACUUGGGAGACGAGUUGGCGCGAUGGACUAACGAUGUGUUCACUUCAACGGUGCAUCGCGCCAUCAACCGGAGCGGUGUUCGACGCUACUCAAUUCCACUUUUCUUUGGAACGGAUUACGAUGUUCGACUGGUGGCGCGUCUGCCUCCGAUCUGUUGUCGCCGGGAAUUUACGCCCAGCGACUGCAGCCGAUUCCCAGCUGUGUCUCCGAAGAACGUCCGGCUAAAUACGAGGCUAUCACGGCUGGAGAGUAUAUCCAGGGACGUCUCCGCGCAACCUAUGGGCAUUCGAGUUAGACGUAGUCAAAUAUUGUAAAUUGUAAAACAUGAAUCUAUCC